UUUCCUCCCAUCCCUCCCUCCCUCACGCCACCCCUCCUGCUGGUCACGCUUUUGAGCUGGUUCUGCUUGGGGUGGAUGGCAUGCUAAUCCAGGUUCAGGCUCAGAUGCCCGCUUUGCCUGAGCCAUGUGCGCUCAUGUGCUGCAUGCUGGAUUGCUGGAUUUACUUGCAUCUAACCUGCUACUGAUGCCGAUGUCUCUGGUGGAGACUAUCCUCCUCCAUCCUUAUCGUGUAAUCUCGCAGUAGUGCUGCGGUACCACUGCCGUGUACCCUGUACAAGAUGCCGUUCGUUUCCUGCUGGCCGCCGUUCCCGUUCACCAUGCUCUGCCCCCCUACUGGCCUCCUCCUCCAUAACUUCCUCUGAUUUUGUAGGUGGUGCAGGUAGUGGUUGUUGUGCCUUUAUGACAUCCUCCGCCCGUCCAUCCGUUCUUCCUCCCAUUUUGCAAAGAAACUUGCUCUUUUCCCCAUCCAGCUGUGACCUACUGAUGUAGUGAUGCCGUUAUAUGCGCUCCUGUCGUUGAUGGUUCGCUGUCGUCUGUCGAUGCGUUUCAAACGUGUAAAUCUGCCCGUCCUCACUCAUCGGUUCUCCCGGUUUCUCCUGGCCGAAAGUUACUCACUUUUGUGAUUACAUAUUUAGAUGCUACUAACGAGCAACAACGUUUCGGUUUGAGCGGAACAUUUAUUUUUUGCUGCAUGAAGUGCGCAGCCAGGCGUCGGUGGCCAUCCAAGUGCUCUUGCUGCCGUUUUUGACCCCAAAGACAGCUCGUUGCGGCAGCAAGGCCAUUAAACCCCUGCACUGCACGUAAUAGUUUCAUGUGCAGGGGCUGCUACGGGGGCAAUACGGCUGCCACGUUGAGCAGUGAGGACACGGCUAAGAGAAGGACUCAGAAAAGCAAAAGUUUCAAAGAGGUUGAAAAAUUUGAUGUUUUUGUUCUGGAGAAAAGCUCGGGAUGCAAAUUCAGAUCCUUGCAACUUUUGCUCUUUGCUAUCAUGUCUGCGGCAUUUCUAACACUCCUAUACACGCCGUCUGUGUAUGAACAUCAGCUACAGUCAAGCUCUAGACUUGUCAAUGGGUGGAUAUGGGAUAAGAGAAGUUCUGAUCCUCGAUAUGUCUCUACUGCCAACAUUCAAUGGGAAGAUGUAUAUAAAAGUAUUCAAAAUCUGAAUGGUGGUGAACAAAAGCUCAAAGUUGCACUCCUGAAUUUUAACAGAACUGAGUUUGGCACUUGGACAGAUAUGCUCCCAGAAAGUGAUUUUUCAGUCGUAAGACUAGAGCAUGCCAAUGAAACCAUUACCUGGCAGACUCUCUAUCCUGAAUGGAUAGAUGAGGAGGAAGAAACAGAGAUACCAUCUUGCCCUUCGCUUCCAGAUCCAAAUUUUCCAAGAUCGACACACUUUGAUGUUGUUGCUGUUAAGCUUCCCUGUACUCGUGUGGCGGGUUGGUCAAGAGAUGUUGCACGGCUGCAUUUGCAGUUAUCAGCAGCAAAAAUAGCAGCGACCACGGCAAGAGGCAAUGGUGGAGUCCAUGUGCUCUUUGUGACUGAUUGCUUCCCGGUUCCAAAUCUCUUCUCUUGCAAGAACCUGGUGAAACGUGAAGGCAAUGCUUGGCUGUACAAACCUGAUGUGAAGGCUCUACAGGAGAAACUCAGGCUACCUGUUGGUUCCUGUGAGCUUGCUGUUCCACUGAACGCAAAAGCACGACUUUACACAGUGGACAGACGCAGAGAAGCAUAUGGUACAAUACUGCAUUCAGCAAGUGAAUAUGUUUGUGGUGCAAUCACAGCAGCUCAAAGCAUUCGCCAAGCAGGAUCUACAAGAGACCUUGUUAUUCUUGUUGAUGAGACCAUAAGUGAUCACCACCGCAAGGGGCUGGAAUCUGCGGGGUGGAAGGUCAGAAUAAUAGAGAGGAUCCGGAACCCUAAGGCUGAACGAGAUGCCUACAAUGAAUGGAACUACAGCAAAUUCCGGCUAUGGCAGCUUACAGAUUAUGACAAGGUUAUAUUCAUUGAUGCUGAUCUCCUUAUCCUGAGGAAUAUAGAUUUCUUGUUUGCAAUGCCGGAAAUCACUGCAACUGGCAACAAUGCAACACUCUUCAACUCUGGAGUGAUGGUCAUUGAGCCCUCGAACUGCACGUUCCAGUUACUGAUGGAGCACAUCAAUGAGAUAACAUCGUACAAUGGUGGCGACCAGGGCUAUCUGAAUGAGAUAUUCACAUGGUGGCAUCGCAUUCCAAAACACAUGAACUUCUUGAAGCAUUUCUGGGAGGGCGAUGAAGAGGCAGUGAAGGCGAAGAAGACUAGGUUGUUUGGGGCUAACCCGCCAAUCCUCUAUGUCCUUCACUACUUGGGCCGGAAGCCAUGGCUGUGCUUCCGGGACUACGACUGCAACUGGAAUGUAGAAAUUCUGCGGGAGUUUGCGAGUGAUGUUGCACAUGCUCGCUGGUGGAAGGUGCACAACAAGAUGCCGAAGAAGCUUCAGAGCUAUUGCCUUCUGAGGUCAAGGCUGAAGGCCGGGUUGGAGUGGGAGCGGCGGCAGGCUGAGAAAGCAAACUUCACUGACGGGCACUGGAAAAGGAACAUAACUGAUCCAAGGCUGAAAACCUGCUUUGAGAAGUUCUGCUUCUGGGAGAGCAUGCUGUGGCAUUGGGGUGAGAACAAGACCAACUCGACAAAGAACAACCCGGCGCCUGCUCCGCCUACUGCGAGCCUGUCGAGCUCAUGAGAUCUGUAGAUAGCUUUGUUGAGAGAGUAGUAUACCCAGAUACAAAACUUCUGAAGCUCCAUACAUACAUAGCAACAACUUUGUGAAGGUAGCUAUGUAGGCCUCUUCGGCUCUUCCCGAAUGACUCUAUACCUCUGUUGGCCAAUCACUCCAGCGCCCUCCCGCUGCUUUUUGAUGGCUGGCAAAUUUUUUUGGUUUCUUCUGCUAAUAAUUCGUCAGUAUAGGCUGUUUUCCUUUCUGGCUUAGAGUCCUGUCCGGGGUCUUGUUGCUUCAUGUUCCAUCGGCUAUUGCUGUGCUGCAGUACGCCUGGUUUGUUGAUGUAUGGUGGUUGAACAGUUUCAGUGAUCAAUCUGGAGUGAUGCAACAUCAGAUUGCUGACCAGCAAACACUGCAUGAUUUUGCCAUGAAUAUGAUGGAUGUCACUUUUUA